GGAUUAAGGUAUCCCCCUCUCUCGCCCUCUCUGUCUUCUGCUGCUUUCUUUGUUUUGGUGGAACAGCGAUGCGUGUGUGCUGGCUGGUGGGGAAAGAGAAAUGCAGUCAGCGAAUGAAACUGCCACACCUGGAAGCAGUGGUAAUUGGGCGUGGCCCAGAGACUGGGAUAACGGAUAAGAAGUGUUCACGGAAGCAAGUUCAGUUAAAAGCAGACUGUAACAAGGGGUAUGUCACGGUUAAGCAGAUAGGAGUCAACCCAACUAGUGUUGAUCUCGUGAGUAUUGGCAAGGAUGAAGAGGUGAAAAUGAAGCCGGGCCAGGUUCUGCAUAUUGUGAAUAAACUUUACCCCUACAUGGUGCAAUUUGCUGAAGAGUCGGGGAAAACUGUUACAGAAACAGAAAGGAAAAUACAAACCCACAAGACGCCAUGUGAGGACUCCUGCGAUGAUGAUGAUGAUGUAGAGCUUGUGCCCAGAAAAACAAUGAAGAUGGAGGUGGUGGAUACACAAGGCAGUUCUGCAAAUCCCAAACUAAGCAAUACUGGUGUAUCUCCACACGAAGGCACUUCGAGCAAAAAGGAACAUUUAGGACACUGGAGUCAGGGUCUAAAGAGCUCCAUGCAAGAUCCAAAAAUGCAGGUCUACAAAGAUGAAAAGACUGUAGUCAUCAAGGAUAAAUAUCCCAAAGCACGUUACCACUGGCUUAUCUUACCAUGGGACCCCAUUUCAAGCCUGAAGUCAGUCACCAGGGACCAUCUUGAACUCCUGGAACAUAUGCAUGCAGUUGGGCAAAAAAUGAUCGAACGGUGCCCUGCCAGAGAGAGUCUGGAGUUCAGACUGGGUUACCAUGCUAUCCCCAGUAUGAGUCAGCUACAUUUGCAUUUAAUCAGCCAGGAUUUUGAUUCUCCAGCCCUGAAAACCAAAAAGCACUGGAACUCUUUUACUACAGACUACUUCUUAAACUCUGAAGAUGUGAUAGAGAUGGUAAGAAGCAAUGGAAAAGUGAUAGUGAAAGAUCACGUCUCUGAACUUCUCAAAUUGCCCCUCAGAUGCCAUCGUUGCAAACAACAGCUGUCCACUAUCCCACAGUUAAAGGAACACCUCAGGAAACAUUGGCCAAAAUGACUUUGCAAAAUGUCAUCUUACAACCCGUCUUCAGAUUUCAGGCUGCAACAAAGACCUCAAAAUGUUACUGGACACGUAUGUUUUUUGUGAACUGGAAUGACAAAUGUAAUGUGGGAAAAAGUAGCCUGGAAACUACUACUAAACGCAUACUAACUUUGUAAUAGCAUAGCCAAAAAAACCCCAACAUAAAAUAAAGUGACUUCUGAAAUUGAA